CCUUGUCAUUUUCAGUCAUUGGUUGGUCAAAGAUUUUUAAAAUUGUAAUAAUUCGGAUAAUCGGCUCGUAGCUCAAGUGUCGAACUGUGAUAAGUUUAUUUUAGGUUUUAGUGAAAUAUCUAAUGUGCAUUUAAGUGAAAUACACUAAAUAUUCAAGAUGCUUAUCAAAGAAUAUCGUGUUACUCUUCCUUUAACAGUAGAAGAGUAUCAAGUUGCGCAGUUGUACUGCGUCGCUGAGGUCUCCAAAAACGAAACUGGCGGCGGCGAAGGUAUUGAGGUCAUCAAGAAUGAACCGUUCAAAGACUAUCCUUUGCUUGCUGGGGCGGAUCGUGGAAAAUACUCAUCCGGUCAGUACACGUACAAGAUCUACCAUCUGGCGUCUAAGGUGCCCGCGUUUAUCAGAAUGCUGGCGCCGAAGGGCUCCCUAGAAGUGCACGAAGAGGCAUGGAACGCGUACCCGUACUGUCGGACCGUGCUCACGAAUCCUGGAUACAUGAAGGAAAACUUCGUCAUCUGCAUAGAGUCCUUGCAUUUACCGGACGCUGGCGAUCAGCAGAAUGUUCACGAAUUGCCGCCAGAGAAGCUCAAGACCCGCGAGGUGGUCAACAUCGACAUCGCAAACGACCCGCUCCCCAACGCCGACUACAAGCCCGAGACCGACCCGACCAAGUUCAAGUCCGCGAAGACCGGUCGCGGCCCGCUCGUCGGGCCCGCCUGGAAGAACGACGUGAAGCCGGUCAUGACGUGCUACAAACUAGUCACCGCCGAGUUCAAGUGGUUCGGCUUACAGAGCAAAGUUGAAAGUGUGAUCCAGAAGUCAGAGAGACGACUUUUUACCAUAUUCCACAGGCAGGUAUUCUGCUCCAUGGACGACUGGUACGGCAUGACGAUGGCGGACAUCCGAGCCAUUGAAGAUCGUACUAAAGAGGAAUUGGAAAAGCUUCGUCGUGAGGGAGAAGUACGCGGAAUGCGCGCUGAUAACGAGUAAUAGGCGCGUGCGAGUUGUGCGUGCGUGCACACUACGUGCAAACACGCGUGCGUGCGAGCGGCGCCGGCCGCGGGAAUCAUAGCUAGCUAGCAAGUCAACAAUCACAAUCCAAUUUCAUGUACGAAGUAUCACGUAUACUACUCGACGACAUAAGUUGUAAUAAUAUAUUAAAUUUCAUUGUAAUCGAUGUAUUAGCCGUUCCCGCGUUUCGAAGGCGCUCGCACAAUGCCCGAGCCUCAAAGUCAGAGAUUGCGUUUCAAAACGACUGCAGGCAGUCUAAAGCUCAUUAUUUACACUACGUAUUAUAUGUACUAUGUUAGGUCGUUUUCCGAAUAUAACUGUUAACUUUUAAAUAAUAUUGACUCGGUAUUAUCCAUGGAAAAAUCUUGAUGUUUAUGAAUAUUUCAAUCUCGUUGCGUAGACUUAGAAGAAUCAUUUAUUGACGAUUAUCACAUUGCACAAUAUAAUGUAUAUACAUAUAUAUACUAUAAAUUAACAUUACAAGCAAUAUGGUUUAGUAUUAACAUAAUAUUAAUGAAAGGAAAGUUCAUAAGAUGUAUAAGAGAAAGUUAUUCGUGGCCUAUACAUUCGAACGCCGAUCUCGUUUGAUGCAAGGGCAUACCUUACCAUUAGCAAAAUAAUUUCAUUGAGAUGUGGUAUAGAUAACUAUUUAAAUAAUAAUAAGUGGAUGUAGUCAGUGGUUAAAGGUAGUAUGGUCGUUACGUAACAAAAUUAAUUCAAAAUAAAUUUUUUAGACAAAUACUAGCUACGAUUAUUGAUCGAAUAUAUUAAUGGCAUUUUAGGUCCGAUUUUAAAUAUUUUCGCUGUUUAAUAAAUAACAUUCUACUAUAAGUGAACACCCGUCUAGGGCGGGUGUCGUUUGGCUGUUGUGUAUAUUACGAUAGAUAUAAUAUGAUUCGUAUUGCGUGUCUAUGGCCUGGUGCUGAAAGGUAUAAAAAAUGCCUUAAAACGGCAUAACCUUAUUGCGAUUACCGAACAAGAUCCAAACGACAUAUGUCCAUUAUUUCUAUUCUGAUUACGGAAAGUAAGUGUAAUUGAUAUAGGACCUUUUGGAACUAGGCCAAAGAUAUAAUUUCGCGUAAUAGUUUUUUGAAUUAGUUGAGACACGAAUGUUUAAGGGAAAAAUUAAUUGGUGCAAUAUAUAUUCGUAUUCUAUCGACGGCAUCCUUAGAUAUAUAAAUGGUAGCUCGGAUACUUAUUUUAUAUAUAUAGGGGGUGUUGCAAGGUGAAUUUUGGAAUAUUAUUUAUUAAAUGUGUCGGUCCGGUGGCUGGAGUAUCGUUGGCGCGCUGAUUAUUCAGUUUGCAACAUCCGUGUAAAGCGAUCGCAUGUAUAUUUUUUAUUUAAGUUCGUUUAACAGAUCAGUAUUUUUUAUAUUUGUGUGACAUUCCAGGUUCUGUACCGAGAGACAUUUGAACAUUUUGGUAUGCAUUAUCGAUUCAUCUCCCUAAAUAGCUCUCUGUCUUGUCGAUUGCGAAAAUGUGCGAUUAUUGCAUAUAGAAAAGUUGCUUAUGUAUUAUACUUAAUUUAUUGUCAGUACAUUGAGUGUCAAAAGUUGUUAUUCAGUGGGAAUACUGUUACAGUGUUUAUGAAGUAAAAUAUUAUUAUCCGUGUUCCUUAAUUUUUUUUACAUAAAUAAAUAGUUUGUGAUCGUUUAUUUUGAUUUUAUAUUCGUUCAAAUUUUCAGAAUUCAUCAAUUUGAAUUACCUUUUUUUUUUUUUUAAUGAAAUAGAUACCUUUUAUGGUUCUUCAUACAAGUGUUUUAUUAUAUUUCCUAGGAAUUGAGUUUCACUAAAUUGUGUUUUUUUUUGUGUUUUUUAAUUUUUUAUUUUUUAUUAUAAUAUUCAUUUUACAACAAACAAUAUAUCCGGGAGCAUUAUUAUAAUAAUUUAGAGGAUAAUUGGCUUCAGCUUUUAGCGUCGCAUAGUGCUUUUGUUUUUUUUUUCUGUAUUUUUAUAUAUUUUUUUUUUAUAUCUGUUUGCAUUUAAGCUACUUAAUUUUACCUAUUACCAUUGAAUUAAUUCAUUGUGCAUAAUAUUUGAAUAGCUGUUCUGUGGCCAAAAGUAAAUAGAUGUGAAAUUAUUGACAAAUUAAUGCAGUUCGCAUUUUAUAGUAUUUACAAUAAACUUGUUGCAGUUACCAAAUAAAAAUUAAGUACAUAUUAAAUAUUUUGUUGUUAUUUCCUCGAUAGUACUCUAACAAAGCACCGGAAGUCGUUUGAUUUUGCGUAUUAACAUAUAACAUAUUAUAUUUGAAAUAGAUAUAUAGUUGAUUACGAUGCUUAAACUUAAUUUAUCAAUAUAUUUUUGAAAUUUAAAUUUAUGAGUAAUGGUCUGGGCGAUAUUAAAUGUAGACUUAGCUAUAACUUAAAUUAAUAGAACUAUUUAAAUCUUAUUCCAAGUUUUAUUGUUUGUGAAGUCGGUAUCCAUACGCUCCUUGUAAGCUUCUAAUGUGAUUUAGACUAGAUUAUCAUAUUUAAUUAUAUCUCUAAAUUAUGUCAUCUGUUAUUUAAAUAGAACACAAGAUUUUUGUAGAUAUAUCCAACAGCAGUUACACUCUUGGAUAUCCUUGUAUAGAAAGCUGUAAUUGUCAAUUUUAAUGUCUAGCAAUUAAAAAGUUUCGACGAGUUCUCGCAUUGAUAUAUGUAAGGUAAAUAACAUUUGUUGUAAAAUGUAUUAUGGAUAUUUUGAAUGCCAACAGAAAUAAAAUACUUUUAAUCUGCC